AUGAGUGCACUACUUAUAUUUUUAUUUAUUAUCGUGGCAAUUUACAUUUCUGUUUCAUGGUUGUUACCAACUUUACUAGCAUGGUUGUUCAAGAGAAAAUACCAUAUCAAAUUGAAAAUUGGCAGAAUAGCAGUACCAAAGCUUAUAUUACGUGACGUUAGUCUAUCAAAAGAUGGAUACUCCAUUCAUAUUGGUGAGGUAUCCUUCCGCAGCAGUUUUUUCAAUUCAGAUAUCAAUAAACUGGUCUCUGUUGUUAUUAAUAAGAUUCAAAUCACAAACAAUGCAGAAGAGAAGAGAAGUGUGGUUGUGGAGACUAUUCUUAAACCUUUGUUAUCGAAGCAGAAUUCGACUUCAAGAGGAUUGGAAGAGAAUACUGCUGAAAUGCAGGCAGUCAAUAGAGAGCUGGCAAGAAUGAAACAAAACUUAUUAGACUUCCGGGACAAAAAGUUACCACCCAGUCUGAUUAUGUUUGCACAGUUCAUGGGCGUGCACAUGGUGGACUUGUCGCUGACGAUCGUGAACGGGAGCCCGCGGUGCCCGUGGGUAGUGGAGGCGGGCGCGGGCGAGGUGCGCGCGGACGGCGCGGCGGGCGGGCCGGCGCGCGCGCUCGCCUUCUGCGCCAGCGUGCUAAGCGUGCGCCUCGCCUACCGCGCACACGCGCGCCUCGAGGCCGCCGCCAGCCUGCACCUCGAGGGCACCGUCAAGGCCGACGGCCCGCUCAACGUCGAGAAAAUUCACAUGGCUAUUAGCAAUCCAUCUAUAUCGUUAGAAGAUGAAGUGUUCCAAUUUAUACAUAAACAGAGGAGACGAAAGACUCCACAACCGAAAUAUUUUGUUGAAAAUGACGAUCACCUGAGCACUCUCAUUCCGAGACUAUCUCCGAUUAUACCAAAGAUUUUUAGUUUUAAAAUCGAUAAGACAACAAUAAGCACUGGGGGUAAAACCACUAUAACACUACAAAGUUUACAAGUGAACUCCCGUUUCAGCGCGGCGCAGGUGGAGGGCGAGGGCGAGUCCGGCGUGCCGCAGGUGUACGUGGCCGUCCAGGCGGAUCAGUUCCAGCUGGCCACGGACCAGGAUACGCUGCUAUACCUUAACAAACUCAAGCUCGACGCUAAGUUGGAGAAGGAAGUGCUGAAUUUAUAUCUGAUAAUUAGUACACUAAAUGCGUCGUACAAUCACGAAGACAUUUUCCAGUGGUAUCGUUCGACUCGGGAAUUAAUGCAGACAAAGCCAUUGCAUGUAGCCGAAGACACUUCACAUUCGGGCGCGACGCCGGCGUGGGUGCGCGCGGCGUUGCGGCGCUGCGCGGUGCAGGGCUGCGCCGAGCUGCGCGCCGUCCUGCUGGCGGCUCGACGCCACCGCGCCGCGCCGCCACUCAGCCUCGGCUGCGGCGGCCUCAAGGUCAAGCUCGACCAGCUGCUCGACAUCAGAGAGGAGGUGGCUCGGGGGGGCGCUGGGGGCGCGUGGGGCGCGCGGCACUGGAGCGCGGAGCUGCUGGUGGACGCGGGCUGGGCGGGCGCGGGCCGCGAGCCGCCGCCGCGCCGCCACCACGCCUGGCGCUCCGCGCUGCUCGCCGUCGCGCUCGUCAAGUGCGCCACGCACGCCCCGCGCCACUGCAAGGUUGAAGCCAUGAUGGACUGUUUACGUCUUGAAUGGAGUACACAAAUAGCUGAAACUGUGAUCUCAAUAGUUGAUUGUCUAAACGAUUACAAGGCUCCCAACGAAGUGAAGCAACCUCAAGAACCGAUAGCCUCUACGGCCAAUAUAUCCGUUAAUGUGGCCUUGUCACACAUAAAUCUGUUCCUAGUCGUGACUGAUGAGAUAUGCUUGAUGACGAGGAUUGACGCGGUGACACUGGAGAAAACUGUAAACAAAUCCGGAGCACUGGUGUCUGGUCUGAAAGUUGUCGAAAUAGUUCCUUACAAAGGUAAUGUGCAGUGCCAAAGAUCAGACGAAAUAUCCUCCAAUUUCUUCCACGUGCGUUUAGCUAGAAUUGAACACGUGCCUUCGAAGGAGAGAAAUUCAGCCCUCCUAGAUUUUCAGUUCCUAGAAACAAUAGACUUUGAAUGGAGUGCCAACAUGCAUUUAAAAAUAUUAACAUUUGUCAGAGCCGUGAAAGUCUUCCAAAAGGAAUUAAAAGUUAUAAAAAUGGGUAAAAUAAAUAUGGAAGAUACAAAUACAAAGAAAGGAAAGCCUCUAGACUGGAGGGUUUCUUUCAAAGGCGAUACGAAUCUUGUUCUCCUGUUGUCUGAAGAGAAUCAUAUGGUUUUUGCAACGGAUGAUAUGACAAUAGGCUAUGAGCACGAAGCGGGGUUGUCGAUUGCGUGGAGCCAGCUAAAGAUGAUACUGAACGGCGACGAGCUGGUGACUGUGCACGGCUACUGCAUGGAGCGCGCCGCCGACGACCCAGAUGUGCGCGUCGAGAGGAAGGCCAACGAGAGCUUCGUGCUGCCGUGGAAUAAGGUUUGGGCUGUGAACGUAGAUUCAGUUCGAGUUAUUUUCCCAUACAAACACCGCUUUGCAGAGGCAGUGCAAGGUGAUUUCGUAUCAUUGUUUAAAUGGUUGAAGAUCGUGCACGAUAUUAAGAAAAAGCCCUUUACAGCCGACAGUCCAUUACCAAGUGAUUUGCAUAUUAAGAUUGAAGAGCUAUUAAUAGAAAUGAGCGACGAUCCGUUUGAAGUAAAACUCCGGGACAAUUACGAAUUGUUGGAGGACGAGUACAAGGAGAGCGAGAAGCGACGGACCAUGCUUGAUGCUAAGGUUCAAGAGCUGUGCAAGCCGCACCUGUUCCUGCCGGCGGGCAAGGUGGAGGAGCUGUACGCGGCGCUGCGGCAGAAGGACGCGCAGAUCUACGUGCAGCGGUGCCGCGCCGCCCCGCCGCCGCGUACGCGCCUCGUGGCCUGCUGCGUGUCCGCGCUGCGCCUGCUGGCGCUCGCCGACCCCUCCGUGCACGGCGCAGCACGAGCGCAGGCGCGCCUCCGCGACCUCGACCGCGACAGCCCCUGGCCCGAAGACGGCAUAGAGUUUACAACAUUGUGGUGCCGUAGCAUAAGUGUACAGUGCUCGCUGUGGCAAAUACGCCUUCGUGACUUUCCACAACCUCUGCUCAGUAUGUCUGAACUUCGAUUGUGGGGCACGCUUUUGGCAGCUGAAGAACAGCCACCUCCACGAGCGGUCAGAACUGUAAUCAUCGACCAAGGUGCACCGUGGGGCGAAUUCGAACUGGAGCGUAGUAUGAUGCCACUAAAAUGGUACUAUGAUUUAUGCUGUGAAAUGUCAGAGUACAGUUACGCUUUUGGACCUUGUUGGGAACCAGUUAUUGCACACUGUAACCUUGCCUUCGAUCAAGUAUCUCGGCCAUCCUUGGACCCGUCGGCCCCACUAGCUUGGUGGGACAAAGUACGACUACUCAUGCACGGUCGUCUAACGGUCAAUUGCAAUAAGUUCACUUGUCUGCUGCACGUGUCUCUCGAUCCUUACAACACCACCGAGGAGAUGGAAGUCACCUGGAAUGAUCUUGUCUUGGAUUGGACUAAUGGCAAGCUCCUGUUCUUGGGCGAGCUGAACGUGUUCGUGCGUACGGCGAGCAAGUACGACGAUUGCCGCGUGCUGCGCGUCCCGGCGCUGCGGCUGUGCGUGAAGCUGGGCUGGCAGUGCGUGGGCGAGCCGCGCGACCACCACGCCGUGGCGCCCUGCGCGCCCACGCGCCUGCCCGAGUACUCCAGCAACCAGGAACACGACUCGUACCGGGCGUUUCGUUCCCAAGGCCUAGAGCUUCAUUUAAGCUAUGACACCAAACCUGUGGAAGGGGAUGGGCCUGUGCUACUGUUGUAUGGCAGUACUCUAAGAUGGUUCGAGAGUCUGAAGCUGAUCCUGUCGGGCAUCACGCGGCCGACGCGGCGCGGGCGUGUGUUCCGCAACGUGCGGCCGCGCAAGCCGCAACUGUCGCGCCACUACCGCAACGUCAGCGUCUCGCUCACGCUGCACAACUUGCAGGUGUUCUAUUGGUCGUCGUCGUCGAUGCAGCGCGGCAUCGAGAUGCUGGGCGUGCGCGUGACGUGCGGCUCGCGGCACCGGCUGUCGCUGGUGCCCACCGACGACGGGCUGGUGCGGCGCCCGCGCGCCCUCUGGACCACCGUCUACAUGAACUGCGACCUCAACGACGCAGAGAUCUGGCUCAAGACGCCGGCCUCCACACCGGACGACAAGGACAACGAGAAGUGCGUGGUGAGCCCGCCGGCGAUGGAGAAGUGCUACUGCCUGUCGGUGCGGCGCGUGUCGUACGGGCGCGAGGCGUGCGCGGCGGGCGAGGGUGAGGCGGGGGGCGCGGGGGGCGCGGGCGGCGCGCCGGCGCACCGCCUGGCCGUGCACGACCUGCGCGGCGCCUGGACCAAGCUCAACCGCGACCUCGCCUUCGCGCUCAUCGACACCUACAUCAAGACGCAGCAACUUAAAAAGAACCUCUCGACCAAAGCUCUAAAAGAAGAAGAAAAACCAGCAACAUCUCCAAAGCAGCAGCGAGAAAACGAUGUUGUAUCACCACCCCCAGUUUCAGCUCAGGGCGGAGGCAGUGGCGGCGGCGGCGGGGGCGGCGGCGCGUGCGCGGCGGGCAUGCUGGCGGCGCUGGUGGCGGAGGCGGGCGAGGCGGGCGGCGAGGCGCCCGUGGUGUUCAGCGACGAGCUGGCCGGCGCCGAGGCCGACGCGCCGCCCGUGCACGCGCCGCUGCGCCACGCGCUCGACGACGACAACGCGCACACCGCCUGCCUCAUCGAGCUGGUGAACUCGCAGGUGGUGCUGAAGGGGUGCGAGACGCGCGGCUACGUGAUCCUGUGCGCGGCGCGCGCCGAGGUGCGGCAGCGCGUGCGGCGCGCGCCCGCCGCCGUGGCGUGGAGCGGCGCGCUGUCCGCCAUGCAGUACUACGCCACCGUCAGCGCCGCUGACCGCGACCAGCUCGACGAGAACAUCCAGUGGGUGUCGGUGGAGGAAAUUGAAGAGAGGUGGGCGGGCGCGGAGAUAAGCGCGCUGCCCGACGUGCCGCGCCUCGUGGGCAGCGGGCACUCUGCCGGCGGCGUCAUCGGGCGCACUGUCGGGCCCAGCGCCGACGCGGGACUCGCGCAGUUGCAACGCAUCGUGUCGCGGUGCGCGUGCGAGUUCUACUACGUGACGCACGAGGACACGGACACGGGCGCGGGCGGCGCGGCGGGCGCGGGCUGGGCGCACGCGCCGCAGCCCUACGACUCCUUCACGCUCAUGCACCACGACCUCGACGUCUGCACCAACUCGCUGCAGUACGCGAUGCUGCUGGACGUGGUGAACAACGUGGUGCUUCGCGUGGAGCCGGAGCGCCGGCGGGCUCUGGAGCGUCGCGCGCGCAUGCGCUUCCAGCUGCAGCUGCACCAGGACCGCGACCACCGCCACCUCAUACACCGGCUGCAGACGCAGGUGCGGGAAUCCCUUGCGCGAUUACGGCGGCUGGAGAAGGAAUAUUACCUGAAAAACAGAUCGAUUACGGGCAACGAUCCAGUAGCUAUAGCAGAACUCAAAAGUCUCGAUGAUCAGGUGAACGAGUGUAAGGAGGCGGCGUGGUCGCUGGGCGAGGAGCUGGACGCGAUGGUGCGGGCGUGGCGCGAGGCGCGCUCGUCCGCGCCCGCCGUGCGCACGCCGCACGCGCCGCCGCACCGCUACAACGAGAUCUGCUUCAAGUCCGCGCGCUGGCGCCUCACCGACGCGGACGGCCAGCUGGGCAUCGCCGACCUGCUGCUCACCAACUUCCUGUGA